CUGAUCGAUGCCUUGUUUUGAGCUCGAUGUCCAGACGCUUGCUGCAGGACCUCAGGGCGGUCGACCUGGCCCAUAUAACCGGCCUGUGAAGGGGUCGGGCAAGAUGGGUUUCUUCUCCCCAGAAGCCGCUUUCCGCACUCCUUAGCCAACGCCAAGACACCCACAGAGGCCGAUUCUGUCAGAGGCACAAGCAAAUCGAGAGACCCUGAAUUUCUUUCAACUCCGAUUCACGGCCCAUGGCCUUCCCCGAAGCCUCCCCCAGGGGCUACCCUCGUACGGAUGACAUGGGCCAGAGUGUCCUAUCCAAAGCCCCAAGCCUAGAUGCAUUGAUUGAACACUGCAAGGAAAAGGGUGAGAAGGUUGAAAUAACGGGUCACGGGCCAGGUCAGAGCUCUGCAAGGAAGAUUCGGGUACAGGGUGGAGGCAAGUACGUCAAUGUCGAGGAAGACAUCUUGAGCUCAACACCACUAGGGAGAGAGUUACUCCGCAAUUGGGCUCAUGGUCCGACUGGCAGCCGGUUUGUCGGCGUUGUGGAUCAUGGUGACGGACAAGGGGCAUGGUGGGAGACGAUAUCGAUAUUGCUGAACCAACUUGCUCAUCACUGUUUGGUAUGUAUUCGCAACUAG